AACUUGUGGACUCAGGUGAAACACAGGUGUCCAGUCCCACAGGUAGAAAAAGACAACACCAUACUGGUUUCCCUUUUUUUCUUUAUCACUGCUGGAUUUUCUGAAGAGGUUUGCCUCAGAGUAUACUGUAAUUUUAAUUUCAAUGAGUUUUUAACAGAAGUGAUGUUCGCUUUUAUUUAAUUUUUUUUUUACAAUUUUUUGUUGACUAACGAUGGAGUGAUUGUGUUUCAACCUCCACGGUGUUCAUACUGGAGCUUAUGAACUGCGUCUUUUGCGCACCAUGAAUUACAGCUCCACCAAACGAGCGCUAGCUGUGCUUAUUACCUGCAUAUUUUUAAGUCUUCCUUAUGGCUGUAACGGAGAAGCUCCACAUAAACCAAGUGCAGGGGCCACGAUUUUGCCCCAGACUAAGCCCGAUAAUGGACCCCAGGCUUAUCCAGAGGAUGUGCCUUCAAAUUUACCUGUGUUCACUAUGGACUAUCCCAGAAUACAAAUCCCGUUUGAGAUCACGUUAUGGAUGCUUCUGGCCUCCUUCGCAAAAAUCGGUUUUCAUGUGUAUCACAAGAUAACGAUCUGGGUGCCAGAGUCAUGCCUUCUCAUAAGCAUCGGUCUGAUUGUUGGCGCCAUCAUGCACUCAGUCCUAGAGGAGCCUCCAGCUGUUCUCAGCAGCAAUGUCUUCUUCCUUUACAUGCUCCCCCCUAUCGUCCUGGACUCGGGCUACUUCAUGCCCACCAGGCUGUUCUUCGAGAACGUGGGCACCGUGAUGUGGUUCGCAGUGGUGGGGACCCUCUGGAACAGCAUCGGCAUUGGCGUGUCCCUGUUCGCCAUAUGCCACAUCGAGGCGUUCGGCGUGCAGGACAUCAACCUGCAGGAGAACCUGCUGUUUGCGGCCAUCAUCUCAGCCGUGGACCCCGUGGCGGUUCUCAGCGUCUUUGAGGACAUUUCUGUGAACGAGCAGCUCUACAUCGUGGUGUUCGGAGAAUGUCUCUUUAGCGAUGCUGUCACUGUGGUGUUGUACAGCAUGUUCACCUUUGUGGCGGAAAUGGAGGUGGUGGAGCCCGAAGAUGUGUUCUUGGGAGUGGCGAGGUUCCUUGUGGUCGGCCUUGGGGGGAUGGGCUUUGGCGUCCUUUUUGGUUUUGUGGCCGCCUUCACAACAAGAUUCACCUCCAAGGUCAGAGAAAUCGAACCCCUCCUCAUCUUCAUGUUCAGCUAUCUGGCGUAUCUGGUGGCCGAGCUCUUUGCCAUCUCCUCCAUCAUGGCCAUUGUUUGCUGUGCCCUCACCAUGAAGUACUACGUCGAGGAGAACGUUUCCCAGCGUUCUUCCACAACCAUCCGGCACGUGGUCAAGAUGCUCGGCUCUAUCUCGGAGACCCUCAUCUUCUUCUUCUUAGGCGUCGUCACCAUAACAACCGAGCAUGAGUGGAACUGGGGCUACAUCCUGUUCACGCUGCUAUUUACCUUUUUAUGGAGAGGUCUGGGUGUUUUGGUGCUGACUCUGAUCAUUAACCCUUUCCGAACCAUCCCAUUCAAUAUGAAGGAUCAGUUCGGUUUGGCCUACGGAGGACUGCGGGGCGCCAUUUCCUUCGCUCUGGCCUUCACACUUCCUGACAGCAUUGGCCGGAAACAGCUGUUCAUCACUGCCACCAUCGCAGUAAUCCUCUUCACAGUGUUUCUCCAGGGCAUCAGUAUCCGACCUCUGAUUGAGUUAAUCAACGUACGGAGGACCAACCGUGACGUAGAGACCAUCAAUGUAGAGAUUCACAGCAGGCUCAUGGAGCACACAAUGGCAGGAAUAGAGGAUCUCUGUGGACAGUGGAGUCACUUCUACUGGAAGGACAAGUUCAUGAAGUUCAACAACCGAAUACUACGUAGGAUCCUGAUCCGAGACAGCAGGGCUGAGUCCAGUAUUGUCGCGUUGUACAAGAAGCUGGAGCUGCAGAACGCCAUGGAGAUCCUGGACACGGUGUCUGGGGACAUCAGUGCUGCUCCUUCCCUCGUCUCUCUUCAGGGAGAGAAGAAAGAAUCUACUAAUCCAAAGAAGACAUUCAUGGCUGAGGACCUGAAAAACAUGCACGACCUCCUUUCCAAGAACAUGUACAAGAUCAGGCAACGGACGGUGGCAUUUACGAGUAAGCAUGCUCUGCCCAAUGACGACCAGCCCAGAGAGAUCCUGAUCAGACGCCACGCCAACAUCCGCCGAAGCCUCCGUCACGGCAGCUUUCAGUCAACAAUUCCAAGGUCUCAGAAAUAUUUCUCACUUCCUACUGGACAGAAUUUGGGGUCAAAAUAUCCAUCUGUGAGGCGGCGUUAUGCAGAUGACCAUGAAACCAUGUCAGAGGUAGCCUAUCCUACCCGGCGCUCUCGAUUCAACCAGCCCAAACGCUCCUCGUCCGGAGCCAUGAUGCCUCUUCACACGCUGGAAACUCUGAAGGAAGUUCCCUCCACUGAUGUCCUCAAUGAAAGCCAGAGUGAGAGCUUCAGCAAAGACCAGUGCAAACCCCAGACUGGCUCCUCUUACAGGGAUUCCCGCUUCCCAACACAUCGUCGCCACUUCAACCCUCCUUUUGACAAUAACAACGGCUCUGCUGAUGACUUAAGAAAUGAGGAUGAGGCAGAAGAGGAGCAGCGGCGGCGGCAUCGUGGGGCUUUGAGGCUUCCUCCCAGCUGGGCAGCUGAACCCAGAGACAACGCGCCUCGAAACCCUCUGCUCAGACGGCCGCAGUGGAACCCAAAAAAGUAAAUGACUGCAUCAAAUAGAACCUCAAAUUGUAAGAAAAACAACAAAUCUUUGAGUGUCCUGACUUUUACUUUCAAAGAUGAAGGCAAAUUUAUACUGGAGGUCUUGUUUUCCCAUUUUUUCUGAAUAAAGCCCCAGCUCAUAGGAGCACCUCGUAGAAAAGAUGCGCAUCAGAGACACGGCGCACUACGGAGAAGGAACUAUUUCAGAAUGUCAGGCAACUCUCAAUGUGUUGCCAUUUAAAGUUUUAUUAUUAAUUUUUAUAUUGUUUUAAGUUGUCAAAUAAAUUUUAUCAGGGAAUUACAAUGUAAAUAUUAUGACUUUUAUUUUAUUCCAUGUCAUAAAGCUGAGGAAGCUUCAUUUUAUGGAUACCUUAAUGUAUUUAAAGUGUCGUCACCCACUGGUCCAUUUUAUCUUUAAAUUCAAUGUUGCAUGAAAUUGCCAAGUAUUGCAUAUGUGGAUAUAACUUCAGAAACUUGUCCCUAAGCAUAACAUGUGGUUGACUGUAGACUGCACAAUCGCAACUUAAGGUAACACUAAAAGCUGAAUCAGAAAAACUAAUUUACUUGGAUAAAUAAAGGGAGAACGAUGGGAAAAUUUAAGAUUAUUUUAUUUGACUAUUAUUUUCGUGCAAUUUUAGUCUUGAAAACAAAAAUAUAUCAUGACAUAAAUGUUUGGACAACUCUAGAUAUGUAGGUUCUUACAAUUGUUUUUCCAAAAAACCCCCAAAACGACAAAACUCCGAUUUUAGGCAAAUGUUUCAUUCAUUCGUCAAUUUAAAAAUGUCAAACUAGACGGGCUUGGCAAAAGUAUUCAUAUUUUUACAUUUUGUUAUAACUAAAAAAUAUAACUAAAAAUGUUGUGCAUGUUAUUAUUUAUGUAGUUCAUAAUUAUGAUAGAGGAAAAUUCAUUCACAAGACUUUAUUCUACCACCCUCAAAUAAAAAUCUCUUUUUGCAGUUGCAUCUGGUAAGUCUUUAUCACUGAAGUACAGAGAUGGUCUCCAUCCAGUCUGACUGAACUGGAGCAUCUUUGCAAAACAAAUAUAAAAAAAAAUACUUCAGUUUCUCUGAUUUGCAAAGGCAGCAUAAACAUUCUUCAAAAGCCUGCAGCUAUAUCUGAAACAAAAGAGUUUAGUCACAAAAAAUGUUUCAGAUUUUUCAGUUUUUUUAUUUGCAAUUAUUUUGAAAACCGUUUAUCAUUUUCUUUCCAUUUCAUAAUCAUGCACAUUUUUUCUUGAUGCAUCAUGCAAACACUUUUAUAAAGGCACUGCAAAUAGUAAAGCAUUAGUCCAACCAACAGCAGUGAUGAACCUUCAUAAACACAAACUCCUGUAUAACACAUGGGAGGCAACUGAAGAAUGCAAAACCUGAUUAAACUAUAAAAACACAGAUGUUUUGUAUUUAAACUCUCCCAAAGUCUCUGAACCUGCAAAAUAUUGAAAAAUUAAAGCUGUGGGUCUUGUGGGAGUCCUAGAUGUGUUUUAAAUUUUCAGAAAACAGUAGUAGUAGAACAGCAGUUUUACUGCUAUUAGUUAUAUUUAGUAAAUUCAAGUGCCUAUUGCAAGCUCAGUUUCCAUCCAGCCAUAUGAGGCCCAGAUAGAUUAGAGGUGCAGUUAUGCAGUGGGGGGAAAAAGCAAAAUUACAUCAGAAAGAUGAACUCACAUUGCAUUUCUUUCAGAAAAUGGGCUUACUGUAAAACUAAAAUAGUUUAACAAAAAGUGAUUUGGCCCUAAAUCUAAAGGACUGUGUCCAUAUUAAUAUGUUGUAAUGAUUAAUUAUGGUGUUUAUCAACUGAAUAUGAAAUAUAAUGAAACUUUCAAAAUACAGUUUUAAGUGAAACUGGACAUUUUUUUUAUGCGUCACAGUAAAGGCAUUUUGAAUUCAGGCAUAAAAAAAAAAACUUUCAUUCACAAUUAUUUUGUACAAUAUUUACUAUUAUUUAGGGCUGUACUUGUUUAUUUAAUAUGUAGUGCAAACAAAAAUACAUUAACUUCAUUUACAGGUGCCAUUAAGGUUAGAAGUUGAAUUUACUUUACAUCAUUUACACUGCAUUAGAAAAGAAAAGUUUUUUACAUUACUACUUCUACAAUUUGGACGGGUCAAUAUGCCCAAAAUAAUAUAGAACAUAUUUUUAAAUGGUAAAAAUUACAAUCACAAAUUUACCACAAUGACUUAUCUAAGGUGAAAUUUCUCACCGGGGACUGUAGGUACUGUAAAUCUCAAACUGUUUAGGACAAAUCAAAAACGGCAAAUGAAGCU